AUGACUCCAUCACUCUGGGGACUGCUCGGAUUUUUCUUCAUCCUGGUAUCGGGACCUCUGGGAGCGAACUCUCAGGUCGGGUCUCAGAGCCGGCAGAUUCACUCCAUUCGUCCCUCAGUCCCACGUGUGUCUCCACAAGUCCCUCCGAGGGUCCAGCAGCGUUUUCGAGAAAUCAAAUCUAUCGAGCAAACCUCAGACGAAGAACCUAGUGCGGAAACUUUCCGAGAGCUGCAGGUGGGUGAUCGCGGUGCGCAAGGCUUCCAGCAGCAGGGCGCGCGAGCAGGUGAAUACGGCUACCAGCAGCAGGGCGCGCGAGCAGGUGAACACGGUGAACACGGCUACCAGCAGCAGGGCGCGCGAGCAGGUGAACACGGCUACCAGCAGCAGGGCGCGCGAGCAGGUGAAUACGGCUACCAGACGCGGGAAAGAGGCAGAGCUGAUGCUGGAGGUGAGUGGAUGAAUGUCCACAUAUGUUGUACUAGAUGAGCCAACUCUGUUCAUUAGACGUCUGUCUACAAAACCCACGUACUCUGCAUGCUGCGUGUGCGCGAGUGUUGGUGUUUUGCGCGCCACUUUCUUGCCGGGUGGUAGAAAUAUGAAGCUCAAUUAUGGACUUAUUUUUUAGAAAAACGGAUAGACUGUUCAAGUAUUUGUUGCAUUUCGUCUGAUUAGAAGUGUUCAUAGUUAAUUAGAACAAUAUAGUCUGCUCAAACCAGGAUAAACGAUCUCUGUCAAUUGCUGUCCUAACUUCAGAUGGUAAAACAAAAAGAUACGCUAAGUGUGUUUUAGAAAUGUUUACCAAAGCCAAGCAUCUUCAAGCCUUUUGGAGUUCUUUUAGUGCUGAAUUGAUUUAAUAGACUUUUGCACCUUCUGAAAAAGUUUAAAUCGAGGUGCUGCCAAAUAACUGUAAUUUUAUGGAUGUGAAAUUUCCCUGACAUAGGCUAAUGAACAGAUAAAAAUGAUGUGGAAGUUUUAGGUCUCAUGAAGGACAAAAGUAUUACUUUUUAACGUAACACACAGUCUUUUAAAAAUUUACAACAAAUUAAUAACAUGUUAUACUUGAAAUGAUGCAGCUGCAAAACAGGUGUGUUGGAGAUUCACUAACAUGUUCACUCAACUCAACAACUGUCCUGAUCUUUCAACGAUAAUGUAUCAUAGAAUAACAUCAAUUUAAGUGAAUUCAACUUUUAAACAUGUCAAGUUAAGACAUGUCCUUGUUUAUCUGUGAUUAGAUGCCAGGAAAAUAUUUUCCCUACUGUUUAAUUCAGACUUGUUUUCUCCAGUUGUUGAUAAGAUAUGGAGCAAUGACCAAAAGAGUUCGAAUCCUGGUCAGAGGACUAAAUGGACAAUAUGUUUAAGAGCAGAGAGACAUAGAAGGGUCAUGAUAACAGCUAAUUAACAUUUUAAGGUUUUAUUUGCUGUAUCAACUUUGUAUUUAUCCCACUAAGUCACAGUGACAUAAUCUUUUGAAUAUGUGUAACAAAAAUUUGUGAUACAUCCUCCAUGAGUAAAUUACUUUAAUCAUAACAUGUAAAACUAAUUGCAUCUAAACAAUAGCAUGGGAAGUGUUACCAAAAUCUAUCAUAAUGUAUUACAUCAAGGCAUCGUUUAUAGACUCAAGAGGAAGGGAAGGAAAGGCAGUAUAAGCACAAAUCUUUUGACAGAUAAAGACUUCUGAAUGAUAGACAUUUCUUUCCUGUUUAAUAAUGGAAAAACACCAGCUUACACCAACAGGAGCAUUUAUGGCAUGUUACAUUUAGUUCAUGCUGUUCAAAUCAGAAAAGUAGCUUUGAUUUUUACAGAUGCAUAAAAUAACAAGAUGAUGGAAGAAUCCCUAGAAUGAAGUGAAACAUGUUAGGAACAAAGUGUAAAGAAGUAAAACUGGGUGUGAAAGAACACUGAGUACCUCUAAGGUAGCAGCUUCUAAAAUCAGAUAAAAUCAUAAUAUAAGAAGAGGAAGAGUUUCAUUGAUAAACUGUAAGAUCACAACAGAGUUAGGACCAUUUUAAUCUCAGGUCAGGGACAGUGUGUUGCGAGCAGGUGGCGUUAUGAAAUAGAACAGCAAUGGAGUAAGACACUGUACAAUAUUCUGCCUUUUACUUGGCUACAUACUAACAUACAAAGGAGUCGACAUUAAGUCUUAAAUUUUAGGGGAUUUCAUUAAUUAAAUACAUAUUCAUUUAUUCAGCUAAAAAUAGCCUCUUGUAUUUGAAGGUUUCUCCACCUUCUUGCCAGCAUUUUCCUAUCUGUCAUAUUAACAUUAGGUUCAAUGUUUUUAUUCUUAGUUCAGAGAAAACAGGAGAAAUUUUCCACUGGCAUUCCAAACAAAUGCAGAAAAUAACAGCAACACCUUAUAAGGUGUUGGCUUUACUGGAAAGUUAGCAUUUGAGCCAGAUUAUCAACAAGAGACACAACACAAUAAACUUUCUAUAUGUGCAGGACUCCCUCUUAUACAUUGAUUUGACAUGAUGUGAUCUAGUUAUUCCUGGCAUCGCUGUUGUUAUUCAGAACUGACUACCUUUGUAUUAGGGCUUUGAGCAAUCGGAAUUUAGUAUUUUGUGCAUUAGUAAGGUGAUACUAAAAGAAAGGUGCGUCAUUAGAAAUUACCUGGACAUCCUACAGUCAGAACCUAAAUAUCAGUGAAACAAUUCUAAAAUAUAAAACUGAAGUAAAAUUUGGGAUGAAGUUUUUAAAUCAACUACUCAUUUGACCAAGCUGCAUGCACCAUAAUUCAGCUUAUAUUUUAUAUGAAACUUUAGUUUUCUAUUUCCUUAAGGAGAAAAGGAAAUGAUAGUAUAAUACUGUAAUUUGAUAAGAUUGCAUUGAGUAUCUUGCUUUAUUCCCAUUGAAAAAGUAGGAUAAAGCUACAGCUACCAGUCUCUGAUGCCUUCCCCUCUGCUUUUCCCUCCCUCUUGGUGAAGCUGGUGGCACUAAUUCUAGGUCUCAUCAACCCUCCCACCAGCAGCCACCAAGGAGAACCCAGCUGCCCUCACAGCUGCAACAGAGAGCUACUCCAAGUACACCAUGGGAGUCUGCUCGAGACUCAAGGGGUUCAGUUUCACCCAUCAGGACCAGUGCAGGUACUUUAUUUUAACCAUGUAACUUUAGCUCCACAAAUGAUCAUUUUAAGUUUUGGACUGGCUUCCAAUCUUUAAAAACAGUUUUUUUCUCAGUUUGUUUAACAUAGCAGUAACAGAUUGACUAUAUCUGCACUCUGCCUGACUGCCUGUUAUCUCUGCAGUGCAGCCAAUUACCUCAAUAAGUAAAACUUGUGAAUUAAGAGAAAACAGGAUGAGAACUUUAGUUGACAAAACCUUUAAAACAAAAUAAGGAAAGAGUCAACAAAGAGAUAAGUAAGAUGUCCAACUUUGUACCCACAGUGGACAAAAGUGACACAAUCUUGAACUUUUCCACAGGAUUGUUUUGAAAACAUUAGAUAACAGAUAAAAUAAAAUAUGAUACAAUACACUAUGCAAAACAAUUUGACCCAAUACGAUUUUACACAACACAAAAGCAUACAACAUGAUAUUAUAUGACACAAUACGACACAAUAUGAUACAAUAUAACACAAUACGCCAUAAUAAGAUACAAUACGUCAUAAUACAACAUGAUACAACAUGAUAUAGUAUGAUACAACACAGUACAAUAAUACAAUACACUAAACGACACAAUUAGGGAUGGGUCCGAAUAUUCGGCGCCGAAAAUAUUCGGCCGAAAAGCAUCAAAAAUGAAUUUUCGGUUUUCGGCCGAAUAGAUGUUAUGGCCGAAAAAAAAAUCACCGAAUAGUGUGGAUAAACAUGAGUCUAGUAUGAACUCUCAAAAACGGAAAACGCAGACGGCGCUGUUUUCCCUGUUUUAGUAGCAUGUUGAUGACGUAAUUGGAACGCGACAAGAGGCAAGCCGGUGUUGUGCCUUAGAAAGCACCCCCGCCGUAGAAUGCACCCCCUGCCUCCCAUCCACUCGUUAGCUUCUUAAAGUGGAAGAAAAUGAUCUCAUAUUUUAAAAAACACGACUAUUUGAUCGUUACAACUUUCGUUCUGAUUUUAUCUGUCUCAAAAAUGCACAUACGGAGGUGAUCUUGGGUAUAUAAACUACAGUAAACAGUCAAGCUGACUAACAUUAUAUUUUCGGGACAGCAAAUAUUCUGAAUCAGAGGGCUAUUUUUUCAACUUAUCUGAAUAGCCUGAGUGAAAUUAUUAAAGGCACACGCUUUUGAAUUCUUCCAAUGGUAAGGAAAACUUGGAUUAAUUUCGCCUUGUUAAGUACUUUCAACCGCGCUCCCGUCGGGGGUGCAUUCUACGGCACAAAACCGGCAUGCUGAUACGACACACACGAUACGUGCAGCUGUCUUGGCUCGAAGCCGUUCAACCGGCAUGUCUGCGGUUUGGAAAUAUUUCGACAUAUCAGAGAAAGAUGGUCUGAUGGCAAUUUGUAAACUCUGCUCUGCUGAGGUGGUGUGACGGCAAAAACUUUCAGUACAUCGGGGCUAAUCAACCACUUGAGCGCUAAACAUAAGGACAAACAUGACGAGUUUAAGAAACUCACUGCACAAAAGUUUGCACAAUCGUAUGUGCAUGCAUGUAAGUGCAUUUAUUGUUGAAGGCCUCAGGCCUGGAUUUGUGUUUACUGUUGCAUAAUCAUGUAUAUACAUGCACGUACCUGCAUUUAUUUUAUUUAUUUUGCAUAUGUGCAUUUUAUUUUAUUUAUUUUAUUUACUUUAGGCUAUCCUACAGGGAAAAUUGCACUUUUUUUGUAUUGUUAUUGCAAAGAUGUUAUUUACUUAAUUUUAUUUUAUUGAAUGUUAUUGUUAUAGCAUUGUUAUGUCAUGUCAGCUGAAUAAAUGUUUCAUGGUUCAAACAUAAAGUGAUUAAUAUUUAAGUUUGCCAGGUUUUGCCUUAAUCAGGUAGCUUUAAAACAAAUGUACGGCAAUGACAGCAAUUGUACAAAAGUUGCUUGGUGAUAAAAAUUCAUAAUUUAUAUACAUAUUUAUUAAUCAUAUUCGGAUAUUCGGUAUUCGGUUUCGGCCAAGAUUUUCCCAUUCGGUCCAUCCCUAGACACAAUACAAUAUGAUAAAACACAAUGCAAUACAACACAAUAUAAAAUAGUAGUCACAAUAUGAUACCAUACAACAUGAUACAAUACGGCACAAUAGGAUACAAUACGACUCAAUAUAAUACGAUACAAUACAAUAGGAUACAACAUGAUAUCAUACCACACAAUACUCCAGGAAUAUGACAUAAUACAAUCUAAAUUAAUUCAAUACAAUAUGUAAUGCCUUAAAACAUUAACAAAGUAUAAGGUACUAGACCGGAGAAUAUAAAACAAUACAAUAUAAUAUGAUCAGAUAUGAAACAAUGUGACAAAUUGACAUAAUAUGUAAUAUAUCCUCCAUGUAAACAGGAGGAUAUGAUAUGAUAUGAACCAGUACAGAUGAUAUGCUUUAAUAUGAUAUAAUAUUAUAUAAUUUGAUAUGAUGUUUUUUGUCAGCCACAAGGUCCAACUGCAGGAACCGCCCCAUAGACUUGGUGUUCAUCAUAGACAGCUCCCGCAGCGUUCGCCCUGCUGAGUUUGAAAAAGCCAAAGAGUUCCUGCAGGAAAUGGUAGAAAGCCUGGAGAUCGGCACGGAUGCCACACGAGUCGGUCUGGUCAACUAUGCCAGCACAGUCAAGAUCGAGUUUCUGCUCAAGACUUAUUUUCACAAGUCUGCUCUGAAGCAGGCGCUGGCCCGGGUCGAGCCCCUCGCUUCAGGCACCAUGACGGGCAUGGCCAUCAAGACCGCCAUGGAGAAAGCUUUCACUGCAGAGGCAGGAGCCCGGGCCAAAAGCACGAACAUCGCUAAAGUCGCCAUCAUAGUGACAGAUGGGAGGCCCCAGGACAAGGUGGAGGAAGUAUCGGCAGCGGCUCGAGGAGCAGGGAUUGAGAUCUACGCGGUGGGAGUAGACAGAGCUGACAUGGCGUCCCUCCGUCUUAUGGCCAGCCAACCACACGAUGACCAUGUCUUCUAUGUAGAGACCUAUGGGGUCAUUGAGAAGCUUACUUCCAAGUUUAGGGAAACCUUGUGUGGUAAGGAUGAUGAUAAUGGGAGUGCGGAUAUUCCAGUAGAUGGUGGAAAUCGUGAUUUUGGACUAGGUCUAGACCGCAGAAAAGACCAAGACCGUAGAGGGAAAAAUAAUAAAAAUCAGGACAAAGGCAACAACGGUAUGUCAGAUUUGUCCUUUAAAGCGUAGCUGUGAUUGUAUGGGCUGCACCAUCGAGGGAGUCUCCAUUUUAAACUCACUGGUCCUCUUCUUUGGUUUUACACACAAGAAUGAGACGACAAACGAUUCACUGCCUCAUGUUGUGUUUUAGAUUUCCAACUUCAGGUGUUUAUGAGCUGUUGCCAUGCAGAUGGUGACAAUAAGGGCAUAAUCAAUGCGCAUGUUCUAUAGGCCAUGCGUUAACAGACUAAAAGAAGAAGCUAGAUUGCUGAUCAGUGGUUGAUCUGCAGAUUCAAAGCAAACUGGACCAGCUGUAGUACUUUAAAAUGACUGAGACCUGAUAUGGUGCUGCCUUUACUCUUCACAGUGAGCAUGCUGCUCCCUGCAUUCUGCGCUGCAGCUCAUGCCUCAUGCUACAUCCCUGGCUCAUUUCCCACAAUUUGUGCUCUCAGAUAUUAAUUGCUAAUUGUUCUGCAUUGCAAAAGCUCACCCUGCUCUAUGGCUUGGAUAAAAUGUAUUUGACUGGAAUCUGAGAGAUAAUGUGAUAGGAAACUUAGUCAAAAUAUGCAAAACUUUGCAAACAAUGACUGAGGUAUAAAGAUGCCACCACUGUAGGUCAACCCCUACUUCAUUAAAAUUGGAUCUUCCUGAUUUUCAUGGUGUUCAAAUCAUCUAAACCCUGUAUUUAAUUUAAAUAGUGCAGAGAUAAUAUAUAUAAAAAAAGGCUGAAUCUGAAAAAUGUUUAUCCCUGCAUUAAAAAAAAUGUCGAUCAUUUUAAAUUUGAUGCCAGCAACGCUCAACAAAAAAAGCUGGUACAGAGGCUUGUUUACCAUUGUGUUGCAUCAUCUCUCCUUUUAACAACACCCUGUAAAUGUUUGGAAACCCUGCAGACCAGUUUCUGUAGUUUUGAAAGGGAUAGGUCAUCCCGUUCUUGCCUGGUUCAGGAGCCAAGGAUCUCUUCUGUCGAAUUUUUUGUUUUGUUUGCACCAAACGGCGUGCUUCCUCUGCUCUUUACCAUAGAAGAGGGAGCAUCCACGAUCCACAGUUUGCUUAUUUACUUUAUUCAAUGUUAAAUAGACUUGGGCCCAGAGAAGUCCCUGUUCACUAGCUGUCUCUUUGGAGUGUCCCUUUAUUAAGCGGUUAUGCUAACUUGAUACCAAUUACCCUUGUGCUGGCAUCAAAUUUAAAAUGCGCAGUUACUUGUCAUAAAACAGCCAAACCUUCCUGUUUCAACAUUUAUUUUGGCGUCUUUGCAACAUUCUCAAUUAAAUAUCGUCUUUACAUGAUUUGCAUGCCAGCAGAUCUGUAUUUGUCAACAUUUUAUAAAAGUUCGAACUUUUUUGGAUUAGAGGUUAGAUGAUAAAUGAAAAGCUUGAUAUUUAAGAAUUCUGAGACUUAGUUUGUUUUAAAGCAUCUAUGGGAGCAUAUAGCAGCCGGGAUGUGAUGCAAAAAAAACUUUUUGAAAGUUAACACAGAAACAUUUGACUUCCUCUAGCUUUCGGACAGUUACAUUGGUUUAGAUAACUGAAGUAUACCUGAAGUAAAGAAAAAAUCAGUCUGGUUUAGGUUUAAUAAAAUCCAACCUCUGUGUUUGAAUGAGGCCAUUUACAACACUGACAGCUAUAACAGACAUGCAAUGGAGUUUUGGUGUUUGCAUGAUCUGAACUGCAUGAAAUAAUCUGAUUAACAGUAAAAAUAAACAGCUGUUCAGAAUAUGUAGAUCCUGUUUGUUUACGUGUCUUUCCUAUACUGAUAACAGGAUCUGAAACAACAAAUUCAAUGAUCACUGUACUUGAACAGAAAUCAUACUGUCUAAUCUGCCUCUGGCUCUGCUACUUAAAUUGCACAAUUAAUUAUCACUAACAACUUACUAAAAUAAAGUUAUAACACCACUUUUUUGAUUUGCCUUAAGCCGAUCAGACAGACGAGUGUUUCUUUGCAGGUCUGGAUGCAUGUGCUCAAGGACACAACUGCCAGCACAUUUGUGUCAACAAUGAAAACUCAUAUGACUGCAAGUGUCGUCCAGGAUACGUCCUGAACCCAGACAAGAAAACAUGCUCACGUAAGAGUCGAUCUCUUUGCCAAAAUGUUUUGUUUUCUCUGAUGUCUGCAACUGUGUUUUUGCAUGAUUCACUUUCAGAAACGUGCUGUUGCAGAGCGCUUUGCAUUCAAUUUGAUUGAGUUUUGCCAAAAUACUAAUUGGAGGUUGGAUGCGGAAAGCCUAAUUAAAGGCUGAAGUUGGUGUGUAGAAUUCCUGAUGCACCGAUUGAGCAUCGGUUAGUUAGGCAUUUUGUGUUGUGUACACUGUGCAUACCAGCUCUUGUCGCUACUGUUUUGGGUUGUCCUAAAUAGAUUGGUGGGCACUAUUUUGCACAAAUUAAACCAGGAGCACAUGAUGACAGCUUGAACCAAUGGACAUGAAUUCUCAGAGUAAAAACGGCUGCUUAGAGGAUCCAAAAAAGCCUUCUUAGUGGGUAUCCAAGGCUAGGAUUCUGAUUAGCUAUCUGCAGAGAGUUGAUAUUAGCUGCACAUUAGCUGCACAUAGUGAUUUAAUGGAACUGAAAAGAUAAUGCCAUUUCUAAGCACGAUAUUUACACUUUGUCUUCAAUGUGUUACUCUUGAAGGCAUAAUGAUAGGACAACCUCUGCACUUUGUUACAGAGGUGUUGUUCCCCUCUGUCCACCCACCAACAACACAGAGAUGUUAUGGAUAGUGGACAAUGCCACUGCAAACAGGAGAGCUGGAAGGCCAGAGGAGCUCUUGGUGUGUGUUAAGCUCCAACAGCAAAACUAGUUUAUAUUGGGGGGUGUGGGGAUGUCCUAAUCUGUGUUCAGAUAGAAAAGCAGACGGGGUUUGGCUUAAAAUCACACUUUACUCAGAGUAAUUUAUCUUGCAAAUGAACACUAAAGAAGUUGUGCUAAUUCUGUUAUUACUUUGAAGCUAACUUUUUAAUGUCAAUUAAAAUAACCAUAAAAUAAUACCAGAGUGUUAGUGGACUCUGAGUUGAAAUGUAAUAAAAUAUAUAAAAGCUUUACAUCUUAAACAUAUCAAAAUUGACUGAGAUACAUUUAUUAAGCUGCCACAACCUGCCAGUACCUGGUUAUGGAAGCAGCUCCUAUGUGUGUCUCCUUAAUGCAAGACUGAGUUUCUCAGAGUAAUAAUGGCAAACUAAUGCAUACAGUUAACACUAUUGGUUCAAGCUCAAUUUUUAAGAAUUAUUUGCAGAGUUUCAAAGAAAUCCACCUGCCAGUCACAAAGCUAAUACUGCCAAUCUAUUGAUUUUCUCUCUGAGACACCUGGUAGACAACUACACCACAAAUCUGCAUCCAUCUACCUACAAGUAGAGAGAUGAGGUCUGAAACAUAUACUUGAUUUCAGUUAAUUCAUUUUUGAAUGCUAAUGAGCCUAUUUGAAUAUAAGACACAAGUCAUCAACUGUACGUUUAUUCCUUUAUGGUAGAGUUCAGGCUCAUCCCUAGUUUUUACACAACACUGUGUAAUAAAACUUCUCAAAGGUAAUACUAGAACUGUCACAUAGCUUUGUUCUUAAUUGGCAAUAAAAUUAUCCAUCAAAUACCAAUUUCACAAAUGAUCUGCUCUUACCUGUGGAGGCUCAGAACAAACUUGAUUUGGUUUGCAUGAAAGUAUCAGGUUGGCUCAAAUAGACCAAUCACAGAGUCAAAGCUUGCUUUAACUGGGUUUUGUAUGUUAUGUAGUCAGGCUUUGUUGGUUGGAUGUCAAAGUGUUUCUUUACAGGUACAGACACAUGUGGCCAAGACCAUGACUGCCAACACAUCUGUGUAAGAACUGGUGGUGAGGAUGGCUCAUAUAUCUGCAAAUGUCAGCAAGGAUAUGUGUUAAAUGCAGAUCAGAAAACGUGCUCAAGUAAGAACCGGAUGUUUUUGUAGAUGUGUUGACAUUCUUUGUGUAACUUUGUGUUUUGCAUGGCUGAAAAAUUCUUCGUUUUUCACAUUUACUUCCUCAGCAAGUCAUGGUUAGUCAUUAAGUUUAACGAGAAGGACUUCAUGUUGCUUGUCGCAGUUUUGUCCUCAGGUUUGGAUUCAUGCUCUCUGGGACAUGAUUGCCACCACAUUUGUGUCAGCACUGGUGAUUCAUAUAUCUGCAAAUGUGGAGCAGGAUAUGUGUUGAGUGCAGACCAGAAAACAUGCUUGCAAAACAACCUGGAUUUUUCAGGUAGACUUCAUUUUCUAAUUCAUCUAGACCUGUAGAAAUGCAUUUACAUGUGAGUCUCAGCUUUUGGGAAACUGAAACUCGAGGAAGUGCAAAGAACUAUAAAACUGACUUUAGGUUGGAUUCAUACUGAAAUGUGGAAAUGUUUAUUUCAUCCGGAGUGUCUUCAGAGAUGAACCGGUAGCGUAAAACUGUUGAGAUAUAUUUUUUGGAUUACCUGUGGUGGUUAGCUACAGGUUGUUGCCUUUGCACUCAAAAACCAUUGAGGGCUGGCUCUAGUCUUGAUCAAAGAUUUGAAAAUACUAAGGGGUGCCAAGGUCUUCGUUUUUUUAAGUCCUUUGCAAAGAAUUCCAAGUAAAAGACUGAAAGCUGAUCUAUCAAGCUCAGUAUUAACUUGUAUUAAAAGGCAGUCAUUAGAUGGUCCAGAAGACCAAGUGAGACCAAGAGAUGAGAUAAACAUUGGUAGUUUACCAGUAGAGGGGGCUUCAAUGCAUUGCACAGCAUCAGCUUCACUCGCUUGAAUUGAGGAAUCCUUCAUACUUGAUGAGGUUUGUUUACUUUCUAGUACACCACUGUUUGCUAUAAAUGCAUCAUUUUUGUACAAUUAGUUAGAGCGGUGCCGAGAGGAAUCCCAGAAUUCUGGCUUGCAGUGCCGCUUCUCCUUCAUGUGACAAAAACAUGCAUUUACAACCAACGGUGGCAUAUUUAAGUAAAACCUCAUGGAGUCCUGUUUUUGUUGGAUGCUUUUCAAUCUGGGACAACAAAUCUAACAUCUGAAAUUGGUAGGUAGUCUCUAGGCGUCUUUGCUGCUUCCAUUGGGUCUGACGUGAUAGCAAACAAUGCAGUCUCACUGAUUAUGUCGCUGUUGCUCUCUGGAUUUUUGAGCUGUUUGGACACCGUGCUACAUCCCCCUACAAGUGUCUCUUCUAGGAGUCUGUUAAAGUACAUUUCUUUAUGAAUGAAGACUGUUGUCAGUGGACAAGGAAUCAGUCAUUGGAAACAACUGUGUUGGUGCUUGUAGAUCUCGUAGUAUCAAACAGCUAUGACUGAGUGGGUUUUGUUUUUCUGCAGACCAUGUGGACAUGGGAAAAGCACAAUAGAUUUGCUAAAAUGUAAUGCAAUUAUUGGCUGACUUUUUACAGUUAAAUUGUAUUUUUUCUCUUUGAAUUGAUAUGAACUUAUUGGUAGGUGUUACAUGUUUGCACUGAACACUAAAUCACAUAGAGAAAUGCUUUAAUCUAGUUGUUAGAUGUUAAGUAUGCAGAUAUUAAAUAGGUAGCUAUCUGUAACGCACUACAUUACUGCAGUUUGUGCAUUGUAGCUAAUGCGUUUACAAUGAAGUAUGAGACGAAGAAUGGCUACACUGGGGCUCCAGCUGACAGACUUGCCAUGGUUGAUAUCACAUACGGUCAUGUCUGUUUACAGGUUCUGGUCCGUGUGCCAGUGGACAUAAUUGCCAGCAGAUUUGUGUGAACAGUGAUGACUCCUACAUCUGCAAGUGUGAAGUGGGAUAUAAGUUAAAUGCAGACCAAAAAUCGUGUUCAAGUAAGAACAUCGACUCUAUGAUUUGAAUGUUUCUUACUUGUUAUUCAAAAACUUGCUUGGCUGACAAAGGAAAAAGACUUAAAGCGUUGAGCAAGGCCAAAAUAUUUUUGUUCCAACAAUGCUGAUCUAAUCUGAUGGUGAGUGUAAGCUGUUGAAGUCUUUUUUUCAGGAUUUGAUACAUGUGACCAGGGACAUGACUGCCAGCAUAUUUGUGUCAACAGUGGAGAUUCAUACCUUUGCAAGUGUCAUGAGGGAUAUGAGUUAAAUGCAGACCUAAAAACGUGCUCACGUAAGAACCUUUUUGUCUAUAUUUGCUGUGUCAGGGUGUUGCCUCCAGAGCUCUCUUGAGGUUUUUAUUGGAUGUGAAUCGCUUGAGUAUUCCUGCAAAUUUAUACGACCCAGUCCCCUCAUCUUUACUGAGCCCUAAUUUAGAAAAAAUGUACAUUUUUUAGCUCAACUAGCAAAAUUAUAUCUGAAUGGUACCUGCAGAAGUGUCUUUAUUCAGUUUCAGAUGUAUGUGCCCGGGGAAAUGAUUGCCAACAUACUUGCAUCGACAAUGGUGACUCAUACCUUUGCAGGUGUCGUGAGGGAUAUGUGUUAAAUGCAGACCAGAAAACAUGCUCACGUAAGAACUUCAAUUUUAACUACAUUCUGAAAUGCAUGGUCUUGUUCAAAUACCAAGUUCCCCAGCAUAAGAGAGCUUGUAAUUUCAUAGCGGUUAAUGUUCUGCAGUUUGUUGUGGGUGUGGCGUUACAAAUAUGGGUAGAAAUUGCUGUAGGAAGAGCUAAUGAGGCAGUGAGGUGUACUUAAGUUAUAAUGAGCUUAUUCUAAUCGAGCAGAAAAUUAGAUACUGGGGAUCAUGCUCACAAGAGGCAAGGUUCACUCAGUCAGCUCUCACAUAGCCUGCAAAUAAAUGGGGAGUUGGGGAUUGAGACAUAUUUGACUUCUCUUGAAAACUCCACAAUAGAUGAAAGUUUGCUCAUAGUCCAGGUUUAGUUAAUGUUAGCUGUGGCAGUGUCUUAUUCCAGGUUUGGAUGCUUGUGAUCGUGAAAACGACUGCCAGCAAGUUUGUGUCAAAAAUGGAAGCUCUCAGCUCUGCAUGUGUCAUGAGGGAUACGUGUUGAAUGAAGACCAGAAAACAUGCUCACGUAAGAACUCGAGUUUCAAGCUUAACGUUUAAUAUGCAUGUUGUGAUGCUGAAAAAAGGGAGGUCAGAAUCAACCUUAAUCUCUGGGGUUUUGGUUUGGCAAGGUGCACAUGCUAGCAGCUUUCCCUAGAACAUGUUCUGUUUUAUGAGUAAAGCUAAGAGACCCUCUUUUACUUCUCUGAAGGUGUCAUAAAGUUAAAGAAGCCUGCAGGACCCCAGGAUAAUGUUUGGUUUCUCAAAGUGACUGAAUGGGUUUGUUCACUAUCUGGACUCAUCUUCGGACUGUAGUGUUUUGUAAUAAGUCAGAAAAUCCUAAAUUGUAGUUUUUAGGGGCUCUGAUAGGUUUUCACAGUCAAUUUAAUCUAAAUUCUUACAUAAUACUUGAAAAAUCUGAUGUAAAACGUGUCAAUUGCCGUUUUUUCCAGUAGUCUCCCUUGUCACUGUGGCUGGGUGUGAGACUCGACAGCUAAGGUCUCUGACGCUCUUAAGUGCCUAAUUAUUUUGUCAUAUGAUUAUGAGGAAGUUUCCCUUUUCAGGUUCUGAUCCUUGUGUUCAAGGACAUGAUUGCCAGCACAUCUGUGCUGUUAGUGAAGGCUCAUAUAUUUGCAGAUGUCGUGUAGGAUAUACUUUGAAUCCAGACAAGAAAACAUGCUCACGUAAGAACCGUGUUUUUUGAUUGAAUGGACAGCCGCAGGUGUGUUUCAGACUUAAAGUGUUUCUCUUCAGGUUCAUAUUCAUGUCCCCUUGACCAUGGCUGCCAACAUGUUUGUGUCAGGACCGACAACUUGUUUGUCUGCAAGUGUAAGGAGGGAUAUAAGCUGAAUACAGACCAGAGGACGUGCUCACGUAAGAACCAGGACCUCUCCUGAAGAUAUUAUGUCUCUUGUUCAAGUUUAUGAAGUUUCACCAGAACUCCUCAGUCAUUUUCAGCUGUGGAACCUUAAAAUGAAAUAUUUAGACAGAGGGGUGGAGAAAUCUGAGCAGUAUACCGGGAGCUGCAUCUUUUAUGGGGCGUAGUAACGGAUGAUACCUCAGGAGACAAUCAACUUCUCAGGAAUUAAUAGACCACGAAGCUGGAUCACUCUCACUUACCAAACAAAAUAAUCAGACCAUCAAUUUAUAUUCCCACAAGUUUAUUGGAGCUUGACCGAUAACUGGAAUGAUCACUACAGUGCGUCUUAUGUAAUGAAAACAUAGUUCUGUACUCCAGUAAAUAGGACAGGCCAUGGAUAGAAAGUCUUGACACAUAAAAAACAAGUCUGCUCAUACCAUAGACUGUAUAUAGAAUGGAUGCUGUCUGCCUCCUUGCUGGGUGAAACCACCGCAAGAACAGCACCCUCUGGUGACGGGCUGCAGUAUAGGUCAUAAAUCCUGCCUCCUCCAGUAAUCCCUAUGGAGCUGUGGACAAACUUUAGAAAUUUAUUACACAAAAUAUAAAUGUUUCACCCAGUGGUUGCGAUGUUGACAUGUAGUUACUGUAAGACUGGUUUGAGCUCAAGUCCUCUUUUUAAUUUUUAAAAGUUAGUAGGGGGUUCAUGUUUUCUAUGAUUGACACCUGAUACAGCCUAUGGGCAUACUAAGACUGCGUAGCUCACCUGGGGGAUAGGCUGUUUAAGCCAAGCGUCAUUACAGCGACUCUCACACUAAAUGCGUACAAUGCCACUGCGCAAGUGGUGGAUUGCGUACAAUGCAACUGCGCAAGUGGGGGUUCCAGGAAGUGGAGAAAAUCCCGGAAAUACCGAGAGCAAUUCGGCUUUAAAUUCGUAUAAUGACGGGAGGCGGAACCAAGUUGUUCAUAGUAGAUACAGUCUAUGGCUCACACACACAGAAAAUGUAACUGGCAAACCUGAGAGUUUGCAACUGUUGCUGUGGUUACUUGUAUUAAAUAUUAGCCGUUGCACUGCUGCACGUCUUUUUUUUUGAAAGACUGAAUGAAUUGUUUAACUGUAACUACUUGAAAAGUACUAAAAGUGUCCUUAUGUAAAAAGUUAAUUCAGACCCUCCAGCCAAUCAGAAUCGAGUAUUCACCAAGACCAUGAAACAGGGAUGUAUUAAUAAAUGGUGUGGGGGUUAUGUCUGAUUUUGGAGCCUUUCUUUUUUAGGGUUUGAGGCACGCUUGCAGGUAUAUGUUAACCUUAAUCAUGUAGUUUUGUUCUGGCUUUAAUAGACCUUUCCAUUGCUGUGGUCAAGAUAAAAAGAGCAUGAGUGUCGGGACUGCAGAUGUUCCAGCACCUGGGUAUAUACUGUACCUCCUGUGGCUUUAGCUGCAACCUAAGCCGCUGUCAAAAGUAGUAUUGGGGUUUUGAUGUCUUAACACGGAAUCACUGAGAUGUGAGCUUUUCUUUUCAGCUUUAGGUUUGGAUGUAUGUGCCCAGGGACACGACUGUCAGCAUGUUUGUGUCAACAAUGGGAACUCUUUUGUCUGCGAGUGUUAUGAUGGAUAUAAGUUGAAUGCAGACCAGAAAACAUGCUCACGUAAGCAACUUAAUUUGUUUCAUUAUGCAUUUUUGUGACUAUGGUGUAAACCAACGCAAUUGCUCCAAGAACUAUUAAGAGUUUUAUGGAAGGUUCACCAGAAAAUUUGAGCGCCAAAUGGAGAAUGAGAGUGGGUGAGAAAGGAUCUUUAUGGAGUAAUGGCUACACCAAAUCUGUAUGAAGUUUGUGGUAUUGUGCGACUGAGUCAUGAGGUUUAAGUUUUCCUUUUCAGGUUUAGGUCUGGAUGCAUGUUCCCUGGGACAUGGGUGUCAGCACAUUUGUGUCAAAAAGGGAAUAUCUCAGCUCUGCAUGUGUCAUGAAGGAUAUGUAUUGAAUGCAGACCAGAGAACAUGCUCACGUAAGCGCCUGUUAUGUCUCAAUUUGUAUUUUUGUUGUCCAUGAUAUGAUCCAGAGCUACGCAAUGCAGCUUCUCUUGAGGAAAACCUUAUCCUCAAAAGCUUCAACUCAAGAUGCAGGAUGAGGGGCCUGGAUGAGAUGUCUUGUAGACCCACCAGAAGUCCUAUGAUAACUAUUUCCUCUGAAUAAGGUCAAGAUUGAGAUAGAGAUGAGAAAUGUGCUACUUCUAACUGAACUCCAUCCAGAGGCUUAAUCAAAAUUCUUGGGAAUGUUUUUGUUUCAUCAUACCAGGUAAUGUAGGUCUGAGUUUUCUUUUCAGGUUUAAAUUUGGAGGCAUGUGCCCAAGGACAUGACUGUCAGCACAUAUGUGCCAAGAGUGGGAACUCUCAGGUCUGCAAAUGUUACGAAGGACAUGUGUUAAAUGCAGACCAGAAAACAUGCUCACGUAAGAACCUGAUUUAUUAUGUUGACUCUGGUGCCUUCUUAUACUUUAAAUAUUCCACAAAGCAGGACAUUUAAAGUUUGUGUUAGCCCCCGUGGUUUCAGUCUUUCAAACAUUGUUUUCUUUGUUAAAACUCAGCAAUAAUGAAAAGGAGAGAAAAGUCCAAUGUUGUAAUGUGUAACAUAUGCGUCUCAUAAGAAACUGUAUCCAAAGCUAUUUAUUUCUUAUUUUUUAAAUUAUAAGAAUAAAACAUUAAGUUGUAAGAUUUCCUUUUCAGCUUUAGGUUUGGAUUCAUGUGCCCAGGGACACGAAUGUCAGCACGUUUGUGUCAACAAUGGGAACUCUUAUGUCUGCGAGUGUUAUGAUGGAUAUAAGUUGAAUGCAGACCAGAAAACAUGCUCACGUAAGCAACUAAUUUGUUUUAUUUGACAUUUUUCCUGACCCUGGUGUCAACCAACUCUUUCUCCAGACACCUUGUUUGAAGUCUAUGGUAAGGUUCACUGGCAUUGUAAAAGCUACAGAUGAAGGGUUGUUUUUUUUGGCAACAUCAGAGGUCUUUUCUUUCACCUAUUCUGCAGUACGCAUGAACUUUAAGAGGAUAGUAAGACUGAUAUUUUUUCAGUGACAAAGUUGGGACUUUUUGAGAGAAAGCGAUGUGAAUAUUUGCAAUGCCUUAAAUUACGAAAUUAUUGAGUAUUCAGCUUUUCUUCACAGGUGUGGCUCUUGAUGCAUGUUCCCAGGGACACGACUGUCAGCACAUUUGUGCCAACAACGGAAACUCUUAUGUCUGCAAGUGUUAUGCAGGAUAUGUAUUGAAUUCAGACCAGAAAACAUGCUCACGUAAGAAUCUGAAUUGUUUCAUUGUGCAGUUUUGGUGACCGUGGUUUGAUCCCACACCGUAUAACUUCACAAAGCUUACUGUUAAGAUUCUUAAAAGCCACUUAACCACCAAAGGCACCAAGGUUCAGAUGGAGAGGAAGAUGAGGAUUCAGGUUGUUGAAUGGAAAUAUCACAGGUGUUAUGGGUGGUGAAUUUAAUUUUUUAGACUACAUCUACACGUUAGGAUAUUUUAUAAUCCUGUUUUAACCAGAGGUGUCUUUUCGAUUAGUUAUCUGCCCACACAGCAACACAGAGAUGGUUGAAAAUGCCAAUAAAAGCCUGUCAGAAACGCUGGUAGUGAUAACAUCCGUCAAAAAUCAUAGAGGAACAUUGAGUCCACGUUCAUAUCUGCCAUCUGCAUGACAAUGACUUCACAGUUUUUAAAGAUUAUCCACCUCGGAAGGCACUUUUAAAAACCUCUAUUUACAGCAAUCCAGUUUUGACAUAUUGCUGUGAUCAGGGCUUGUAAUGAGGACUAUGUAAAGCCCCUAAAGAGACUGCUUCAGUCUCUUUAGGGGUACUGUGACUGAAAGCGCUGCCAAAAGCUGUGUGUUUUUUUAUCAUGAGAACUUCAUGUUAAGGUGUGCUCUUUUAUUUCCAGGUUCAAGUUUGGAUGCAUGUGCCCAAGGACAUGACUGCCAACACAUUUGCGUCAACAGUGGGAGCUCUUAUGUCUGCAAGUGUCGAGUGGGAUACAUAUUAAACAUGGACCGAAAAACAUGUUCACGUAAGAUUGUUCUCCAGUAAUUUAAGACUGGAUGUAAUUUUGAAAUCCUGCCCCCCUACCCUUGAAAAUCUUAAACCAAGUCAGCUGUGAGUGUCUCUUUCCAGGCUCAGAUGCAUGUGCUCAGGGGAAUGACUGCCAGCAUGUUUGCAUCAACAAUGGAGACUCAUACAACUGCAAGUGUCGAGUAGGCUAUGUGUUGAAUGCUGACCAGAAAACAUGUUCACGUAAGCAUCCAGAUGUCUUCCAACAUAAAAUUGUGAGAUUUUCUAGAGCCAUUUUGACAAAAUGUCAAUGGCUUGUUCAGUGCCAGACUUGGAAAUUUGUCACCCAGUCCUUCAAUAACAUGGCCAUGUGAGCCAUCUUGUAGGACUUUUGUUGGGCUCAGUCAGACUGGCACUAAUCUACCAAAAAAUGUGGCAUGAUUUUCAUGAGCACUCAAAGUAUCCAACUGCUGGGCAGGUGUUUCAUGAAUACUUUCAAUAAUUGGAAAUAUUUUGGGAUUAUUUAACAAAGUUGGUUUAAUUAGAUAAGUUUAUUCAAGUAUGAGGCAAGAUACUUGAAUUGUCCCCCUAUUGUGUCUCACUAGACUUGGCUGUUUUUAUUUGCUGAGUAGUACUCUUUGUACUCUUUACAUCUCUGUUUAUAGAGCACUGAUGUGGGCUGAGCUGCAGAGUUUAAAUGAACAGUCUGCUAGUUCAGUAAGUUAUGGUGUGAGAACUGUGGUUCAACAACCAGAAAACACUGAUUGGAUUCAUUUGCAUGUCAUCUAUUUUAAUUACAUAUCUUUCAGGUUAUUGUGUAAUUAUGCACAAGUAAGUAUGUCCCUCUAACAACAAGCCUUCCAUACUGACCUCUGUAAUUAAGCGUUCCUUGGUUAUGAUCAACCAGGUCAAGAGAUUAAAGCACUUCAAACUAAUUUCUAAUUUUAACCACAAAAGAAAAUGAGCAGGAAAUCACUUUUGUAAUCAUUAUACUUAUGGAUCAAUUAAUAACACCUAACUCCAUCUGAUUUGAUCAACUCCAAAAUAUUUUUUUUAUUAAAUGCUAUUGUUUCAUAGUCAUUGUCCCAAAAAAGGGUAAAGACACAUGGUUGUGGUUUUUGUUGAAUGGUCAGAUCUUUUUAGGGCUUCACUAAGGAUGGAAGUUUACUUAGUGCUGUGUUUUUCUCUCAAUUUUUCAGAGGAAAUGAGGGGUGAAAUAACACGAGAUGCCUGUAUGUGUGAAGCCCAGAUUUUGUUCCAGAAGAAAGUACAGUCAACCAUUCAGGAGCUGAGCAGGAAACAUAUCCUUUGUUUUUCAAUUUUUUUUAAAUAAUUGUUUUAUUGUGUUAAGGUUUUUGCUAACAGGAAUUUGAAUCUAGUAUUUGAUUCUUUGGAGUCGCAGUUUCAGUUUUUUUUAAGGUAAAUAUUAUAGCUACUCUCUUUGAAUUCUCUUUCUUUCCUUGACUAUACAUUCACUCGAUGAACUUUUGGAAAAAGUGAACCUCAUUGAGGUCCAACAGCAGUACUAAGAAGAGUGACCAAGAUGUCAAAUGAUGUGCACAAUCCUGCUCAAAAUUUCACUUAACCCACCUAAAGGCUGCAACCCAUAAUUUUGAGGAUUUGUGUGUAUGGCAGACUGUUACUUUCCCAUGGAGUGUAGUUCUGUUAUGGUUUUGUUUAUAUAAAUGUGCAUCUUGUCCCACUGUAAAAUCAGGCAUAACUGGUGUAAAUGCUCACAUUUACCCACACAUUUAAAGGUGACAUCACAUCCCAAAGUGUAAAUCAAUGAGGUUAAGCCCUAAAUUGUGUAUGAUUAGGGCUGGAGUGCAAAUGGAGAUGAAAACAGCUAAAGCUUUAACAAUAAGUGAACACACAUCCUUGCUGUGUAUCUAGUGCUGUAAGAGCACUUUUGGUGUUUUGUAGAACAGAAAGCCUUGAUCCAUGACCAUAGCAGAAGUACUAAGCCCUUCAACAACGAGGGCAUUGUUGUUAACCUACUCACUGCAGCUCAAUUACACAGAGAAGCCUGAUCCACUUGGCUCAUGGUGUCGUUACAUCACAGUGAAUUACUGUAAUCCUUUCCUUUGAUACCUGAAAUAUUUCAAUAACUUUAUUGCAUAGCAAUUAUUGAUUGUUACAGACUGGGACAAUUAUUAUAUCUUUGGGGGAGGGGGUUAAAUGAUUAAGUUUAUUUGAGGUAAUUUAAACUGUGAGUAAAAGUUAAGGUCCACUCAAUUUUGUAAUGGUUUAAAAUGUAUGAUAAAAGUCUUAAGUCAAUACAGCGCACAUGUACUAUAACCUACAUUUUACUUUUUAAUAAACAUAACCUGAACCAUGAGUGUAUGAGAUAAGGUGUGUCUGUAAGCAAAAAUCUUCAUGUUGUGUAGAUUACUUAUUCUGAAACAGCCAUUGUAUGUAUCCUUUAUUGUGCAUUUUUAGUAUUCUUAGGCGUCUUUUCAUGAGUGGUUGGCAUGCUACCUUAAAAUAGAGGAAACAUACCAUCUCAUUACAAAUCUUUUCGUUUUGAGAUGAAUUAGAAUUCCUUCAUUGUAAUCACUUUUGUGUAUUUUGGUUGCUAACAAAGCCCAAUAAAUGCAAAAGGUAAUCAAAAAUGUUACCUGUUUUGUAGUUCUUUUUCAGGGAACAUUAAUUGAAAAAAAUGGACAAACUUUUCUGAUAAGUGUAACAGUUUUGGGAGGACAGCGUUUAAAGAAAAAUACAACAGCUGGUUUGUGUCAAAACUCCUGCAUACACAACAUAUUGAUGUUCCAGCGCAGUAACAAACCGGAGCGAAGAAAAGGAAAAAAACUACAACGACCAGAAAACCCUUCUUUCGUCACUUCCGUUUUACGGUUACCAGGGGAAACCGAGGGAAGCUUACGGCUCCGGCAGCAACUUUCUAUCAUAGACGACGGAAUUUUAAGGCCAUAUUGAAACAGAUUUUCAAAUAUUUCUUUAUAAAGUCGCAUCCAGGGUUUUGUGUAUUGCUGCUGUAACCUUUAACUAUCUUUGUAACUGAGUUACCCUGUCGUGUUAGGUUGGUAACUGGCUAAGCUAACAGUUAACGGCUAACGGUAAAGUGAUGAGAUCGGGGCCUGAUGAUGAAUUCAGUUAGCUUACUCUACCUUUUAUAUUUGGCUGUCUCGUCGUACGAAAUAGUAUGACUACACAUUAAGCAGUUCGUUUUGGAUUUUAAAAAAAUCUUACAAUGUUUAUCUACCUCAGUAAGAAGGUGAGUGCCUGACACCCUUUAGUGCUACGCCACCUACCAAACCACACAUCAAUACUGAAGGGAUUUGGUUAACUGUCACAUUUCGUGUUUUAUAGAUUGCUAUUCCCAACAAUGUCCAUCUUAAAUGUGUCUCCUGGAACAAAGAUCAAGGCUUCAUUGCCUGUGGAGGAGACGGUGGCCUCCUCAGGGUGCUCAAGCUGGAAACUCAGACAGGUGAGUUCAUUUCAGGGGAUGAAACUUUCAUUGUCACUUUUUUAGUUUAGUGGUUUCAAAUAUUUGCACUUUCCACUCUAAGUUUAAGCUUUUCACGUUACAUCCGAUUUGAUAAGUGACAAAAAUGUUUGGAUUUACUUUCCUGUUGUGGUAUUAAAUCUCACCCCAGUGUGCACCCAAUGUCCAGGACCUUGUUGCAUGUCACACCAUUUCCUGUCACUCUGGAUUUUAUGUGCACAGUGAUCAUGUCCUAUUCAGGGGGUUGACUGCCUGCACUGCCCUUCACCACACAUUAUUUAUGAGCUAAAUAAUGGGCUAUUUCUAGCUACCUUUAGCCCAAAGUUUUUGAUGGUAAAACUAACGUCCAUCUUCUGUUUGAAAACAUGAAUAAGAUAAAAAAAAAUGAACAAACUAAAGGAAUAGUUCAAAAUAGUUAUAUCCCAAUGAAAAUGUUGGUGACUUCAGUAAAGAGGCGGCUCAAUUUAAUGCUUUUCUCUUUUCUUGGCUGCUUCUCUAUGGUCUCUAAAAUCAAUUGUAGCUUGGUAACAGUAUCAGAGGAUUCUGCUGGACCCUCUAAAAGUUACACAAAUCAAAACCAGAGUCUUACUGAAGGAGAAAAGUACAGAUCUGGAGGUGAAAGUUUUGAUUUCUUUAUAUACGCUGUAUGAAAAAUUAUUAUGAAAUAAUAAAUGUAAGAAUGAGCUCGGGUUAGUUGGAAAAUAUCCAUAAUUUAUGACAGAAGAAAAGCUCAACUUCAUUCCCGACUGAUAUACUAACAGUUUGCUCUUAGUUUUUCCAUUUGUUUAUCAUGUUAUAAUUAUACAAUAUCAGAAUAAGCAGUUAGUUGAAUUGUUAAAUAUUUGCCGAAAUAUAUUUAGAUACAGCAUUAAUAGAAUAAAUAAAAAAGGAAACCUGGACUCUCUCAGUUUCCUUAUUUUGAGAAUUGGUUAAUACAAAUCUAAAUUUGAAAAAGUCUUACAUAUUUAAAAACAUUUACAAAAAAAAAAAACAUUACAUUUACAUGUAAUUCAUUUCCUUUUCAUUUCUCUCUCUCUUUUUUUUUUUUUUUUGCUGGUAUAUUUUAACAGUUAUUUAGUUUUUGCUAAAUCUUGAGACUGGGGAAAAUAUGUAACACCUUAUCUUAAUGGCACUUCUCAUAUUGUGCACUGGUUCUGAUAACUUUAGAUUAACUCCGGUCUCUCUUACAAAGUAAUUUUGUUGUUAGACAAAAUAAAAAGACAUUUAGACUAGAGUGAAGAAAAUAAUACACUGUGCUUACAUUAACCUGCAUACUUCGUUUAUACCAACAGCAAAUGGAAUCUCUUAAUGAAAGUUGUGUUAUGUUUAUAAGUUAGACAAGAAUUUACAUAAAUAUUGUUCAGGUUAUAAACAUGCUUUUUAAUAGACCCCCCCCCCCUUUGUUGUCAGAUGAUGCCAAACUAAAAGGCCUUGCUGCGCCCAGUAAUCUGUCGAUGAACCAGACUUUAGAGGGACACAGUGGUAAGUUUUCAAACUUAUUUUUUCUUAAAACAAACAGCACACAAAAUAAAAGCAUUGAGCAAACUAUUGGUGCAUAUGCAGGAGCAGUACAGGUGGUUACAUGGAAUGAACAACAUGAGAAGCUGACAACCAGCGAUCGGACUGGCCUCAUCAUUGUAUGGAUGCUCUACAAAGGUGAUUACUGCUGCUGAUCUCAUAAUACAAGCUCCUUUUUCAUGAGAAUCAAAUUCAAAGCUUGUAUUUCUUUCCUUCUGAAGGUGCAUGGUAUGAGGAGAUGAUCAACAACCGCAACAAGUCCGUAGUAAAGAGCAUGAGUUGGAACUCUGACGGUCAGAAGAUCUGCAUUGUGUAUGAAGAUGGAGCCGUCAUCGUAGGAUCUGUUGACGGUAAAAACUGAUUUACAGUGCAAUUGAUAAAAAAUAAAAUGAAUGAGAUAAGUCACAAUAUUGUUUUCAGACUGAAGUAACAGCAGCUGUCUUAUCAGGGAAUGCUCUGUUCACACACAGGGAAUAAUUACAGACAUGCACAGUACUAAUAAUUAGUUUGUUUUUGUAGGAAACCGGAUUUGGGGAAAGGAGCUAAAGGGAAAUCAGCUCGCUCAUGUGGCAUGGUCGCCAGACAGCAAGAUCCUCCUAUUCGGCAUGGCCAGUGGAGAAGUCCAAAUAUAUGACAAUCAAGGCAACUUUAUAGUGAGUCCAUGUGCUUAAGUAGAUUAAGUAUCUGUUAAGAGAGCAAUACUGCCUCCUAACUUAUAGGAUACUAGCUUCAUGGAUAAAAAAUGCAGGUUUGAUACAGGGUUUGGGUUCAAACUGCUGCAGGCUGUUAGGGAAAGCAUUAGUCUCUGUAAAGCUUUACAUGGAGAUUAUCUUGUUGUUGAUCCAAAAAUAAAAGUGGAUUUGGGAAAGUGAGCUCUUUACUCCACAACUUGAAAAUUCCUGCCUUUUCUUAUUAACUUCUGGUGAAAUACAAAAAGCAACUGUAGUAGAAAAUGCAGUGUACUGUGGUACCAAUGUUGCGUGGUAUGUCCACAUGAAAAUGAAAAAUAAAACUUGAGUGAGGUGUCUCCAAAAAAUAAAAUAAAGGUGAUGACUUGAGUUUGAAAGUAAAGGAGGCAUCACCAAUGAUACAAGAAUAACAGAAGGAACAUAAAUAAUAAGAAUUUAUUUUAUCUCUAUAUCUAUAUAAAUGUGUGUGAAAUGAGCUGCCUUGUUUACUUUUUAAUUAUCUGCGUCAUGUUCCAGAUGAAAAUGUCCAUCAGCUGCCUCACCAAUGUGACUGGAGCGGUCAGUAUUGCUGGUAUCCACUGGUAUGCAGGAAGUGGGGGCUAUGUUGAGCCGGACUGCCCGUGCCUUGCUAUCUGUUUUGACAAUGGGAGAUGCCAGAUUAUGCGCUACGAAAAUGAUGAGAGUAAGAGGGAAGGUUUUGAGUCUGCAGAACUUGAUCCUCCAGGUUAAGCUUUGGUGAAUGUUUACUAAAUGGCCACACUUUUCCUCAGAUCCAGUAUGUAUCGACACUCUGAUGAAUGUGGUCAGCAUCCAGUGGAACCACUGUGGCAGUGCUCUGGCGGUAGCAGGAUCUCUGCGAGCUUCAAAUGUGGACAAAGAAUUUAAUCUUGUUCAGUUCUACACGCCGUUUGGAGAGGUGAGAGUGGAGGUUUUGUCCCUACAUCGUUGCAUGAUUCACACUGAUUUAAAUCUAUCCCCAUUUUCACUGGAAUCCUUUUUUGUUUUGAAACAGCAUUUGAGAACUCUGAAAGUCCCCGGGAAGCAGAUGACAGGAGUGGCCUGGGAGGGAGGAGGUCUACGAAUUAGUCUGGCCGUAGACUCCUACAUCUACUUUGCCAAUAUUAGACCAGACUACAAGGUAAACACCAACAAUAGUGACUUAUUUUCAGUGAAAGUUUUGGUAAAUAACCACCUUUUAAUACAAGCAUGGACAGAGAGUACUUAUAUGCUUGCAGCCUAACAUUUAAAAACUGUAAACAAAAAACAAAAACCUUAAAGUCAUGAGAAAAGCCAUGUUUUCAUCUUUAAACUUUUAAACAACAUAUAAGUAAACCCCGAUACACACAGGUAGACCUGGGAAUGCACAAGUUUUACUUCAAUAUUUGGCCUCCUACAAAAACAUUUUUAUCAUGCAGUACAUUUCUCCUCCUGACCCGAUUACUGCAAAUGUUUUCUUUUGGUCCAUGAGACCUGAUCAUUUGGAAUAUCUACGCUCCUCACUUUGUCAUUGCUCUUUUUGUUUGGUAUUUUUAUCCAAGAAAUGUGAAAUCAAAUAUUAAAAAUAUCAACCUUGUGCUGCUAAAUUCAAUUUUCUGCUGCCAAACUUUGACACCCAGAAUUAUAUCAAGUUUUGCAGUGUGAGUAGUCUUUAAACGAGACCUGAAUAUUUUUUUAAAAUUAUAGACAUACAGCUGCACUGUAAAACAGAUAAAGAGGGAUUUCGACAUGUUGUUAUCAAGUCACUGACUAUGUUUGUGUUCUAUUUUGUUCAAUAUAUGUCUUUAGCUUCAGUCCUGUUGAGUCAAACAAAUGAAGCAGUGCACCUGUAACUGACAGUUUAUUAAACUCAACUAAAACUGUCCGAAAUAGACAAGGAGAAAACUAAAACCGUCCGAGAUGACAAAGAGAAAACUACUUACCAUCUGGGGAACCCCGGGUCUGAAAGCCUGUGACUUAUUGUGUUUUUCUGGAAAACACUAGUUUCCAUAAAUAAUCAGGGCAAACACAGAACAGACAAUAAAUUAAUCUGUUUGUCUAAUUGAUUUUAAAUUAUUUUAAGUAUUUUUUAAAUUUUAAAUUGUUUUAAUCUCUCUCUUUAAUUUCCUACGUAUUUCCUUGCAUCUGUAAAGCACUUUGAAUUGCCUUGUGUAUGAAUGGUGCUACACAAAUAAACUUGCUUUGCCUUGCGUGAAACCACACUUGCUGUAAAAAACCUCUGAGCUUAUCUAUCUGACUUUUAACAGUGGGGCUAUUGCUGCAGCACUGUGGUGUACGCAUACACAAAACCAGAGCGGCAGGAAUACUGUGUGGUAUUCUGGGACACCAAAAACAAUGAGAAGUUUAUCAAAUAUGUCAAGAGCUUAAUGUCCAUCACCACAUCAGGAGAUUUCUGCAUCUUAGCCAGCAAAGCAGAUGAAACCCAACCUCAGGUACCAACAUCUCAGAAGUUUAUAUUAUUACACUCACAGUUAAGAAGAAUGUCUUUGUUUUUUCUGACAUAUUUGACAUGUUUUUUGAUAACUCUCAAAUGUUUGUCUUGUUGAAACCUUACAGGAGGACGCUGAGUUAGAAUCUGGGAGUCAUGCAAGGGUAAUGUACAAAACCUCACUUUUAAAAUGAGUAUUUGUUCUAAUAAACUUUUGAACUCUGAUCUUGAGGUUUUAUCACUGUGUGCUUUUCAGUAUGUUCUGAUUCUGUGUAACUCCAUCGGGACUCCGCUGGACUCCAAAUACAUUGACAUAGGUAAGUUUAUGCUGUUCAAAGGGAGGAUAUUAUCUAGGGGUGGGAGAAAAAAUCAAUACAGCAUAGUAUUGCGAUAUUUUGUCUGGUAAUAUAUCCUAUCGUCUCAUUCACCAAGUAUCAAUUUUUUUCAAAUUAAUUUCCAAUAUGAAGUCAAAUGUAUGAUAAUGAAAAAUAAAAUCAACUGUCCAGUGAGGUUGGCAGAGGUGACAUCAUAGAGCAGAAGAAAGUUAGUACAACAAAUAUAUAUAAGGUUUGCAAAAUGUGCUACAUAUAAAUAAAAUACAGCAUACAGGAAGACAAAGAUAAAGGAAUGACAUGCUAAAUUAGCCAAACAGUUGAAAAAAAUUUAUAAAUCGCAAUAUAUUGUAUCGCAGUACUCACUGUGUUGCAAAAUGUUAAAAAUCGCAAUAAUGUCGUAUCGUGGCCCAAGUAUUAUGAAUCAAAUCGUAGGGCCCCGAGUGAUUCCCACCCCUAACAGUAUCUUGUGAAUCUUGUCUUUUUAACUUUUACAUCAAUGCUAUCUUAAAGUAAAUGUUCUCAUAUUUUAAAAUGUACUUCCCUCGGCAUGCUGUCUGCAAGGUUUCUCACAAUGUGCACACUGAAAUUGAGUUGUUAGUAAUGUUCUCAAUGCACAGCUGUGGGAUGAUCAAUGUUUGAUGUACCACGAAGUUGAUGUAUUUCUUCAAGUUAAUGCGAGAGGUCACGCCCUGCACAGUAAAUAGUGUCUGGUGUUUUGCCAUCCUCGCGCAAUGAUACAUUUUUUAUUGGCCCACGGCAUCCAAAAGUAAACUGAGCGCUGGAUGUCUCUACAUCUCAUAGCAUUCUGUCUCUACUUGACACGGUCAAAUGUUUGCUGAGACACGGGACAGUUCAAACUGAGGAGUGAAAACCUCAGUGGUCUGAAUGUGUCCCACAGAUCUUAUUUUCGUGAAUAAUAAAAGCGAGUUCAAGAGUGUGUGUCCUGUGGGCUCAUGGUGGCUGUUUUCCAGACUAGAGUUUCUGUUUUAGUGAAAAUCUAAUGUAAUCUAACACAAAAGAAAUGUACAGUAUGUGUCUGUCAGUUUGUAUGUAGCCAUCACUCUGCUGUUUAGUGGCAGUUUAGUCCCUAAUGGUUUUUAGAAGCCAGAUAUAACGGGGAAGGUAAGGGUUAAGUUGGGUAGCAGUGCUCGCUUAUCAGCCAAUUCUCAUGCCAGUUUAAUUAGCAACUUUUAACUCUUACUGCAGCAUUAAAUGGAAUGCUGUAAAUUAAAAUUAUGUAGCAUGUCACAUGCAUACAGGGAAAGCCAAGGCAGGUAGAGAGGCAUCAAAGACCCCAGGGGUAAAAGCAUAGGACACUUAAAAGGAGGAGCUGGGGUGGAGGUGGGUUGCAAAUGGUGAUGGGAAUUAUGACUCUUUUUAGUGAGUCAGAUCAUUCGGCCCAACUCAUCUAGAAGAGCCGGCUCUUUCGGCUCCCAAAGGCUCUUCAUUUUACCACUUCAACAUUUUUAAAUUCAGCCAAAUUUAGCAUUGUUUGGCUUAUGAUAUGUAAAUAUGUUUACACAUACUGUAUCUCUGAAAUAAUUCAAUACUUCCUUUGUACUUAAGUAUUCACAAUUAAAACGACAUUUUCUAAAAUCAGUAAAUUGCCGUAGUCAUUUGUUUUCAUUGCACUUACAGACUCUCUGUAACUCGCUGAAAUCAUCCAAUGAAACAAGCAAUGACUUGCUUGUAGAACCACUCUGCUACACUAAGCAGAUAGAAACCCCAUCGUUCUACCUUGUAGUUUUGUUCUACGGUCUGUGGGGGGAAAGAGAAAGAAAAAAAAAAUUAAAAAUAAAACGGCUGACAGAUGGGAGCCGGCGCCCAUCCUUUAUGUGAACCGGUUCGUUCGUGACCGGCACAUCGCUAGUUAGAAAGCGGUUUGCAUAGGAAGCAGCAAGAGUCGGCAGGUUUGAUCAGCUUAAACAGAUCACCUAUUUGAGAUGUGCCAACUGGAUGAGUAGGAGGUGAUGGUUUGAACUGCUGGCAGAUGUGGGCUGGCAUUAAAAUCUGUUUAUCAGUCGUAGACUAAGCUUGACUUCGUGUUCAGUUUUAGUUAUGACAUAGGCUCUUUAUUGGUUUAAUGAAAAACUCACAUCUCAGUGUUGUGCUGAAUGAGAUGUGAGCAAUUUACUGAGCUGGUUUCACAAAAAUCUGUGACCUAACUGUAUAUUUACCUUAUUUGAAAGUCAAGCCUGUCACUUGUGUUCAUCACCAGAUCCACUGUUCGUCACCAUGACCAAAACACAUGUGAUUGCUGCAUCCAAAGAGGCCUUCUACCUGUGGCAGUACAGAGUGGCAAAGAAGCUAACUGCCCUGGAGAUCAACCAGGUGACCAGAACUAAAAAAGAAGGAAGAGAGAGGUGAGUUUAAGAAAUGGAUCUGAAACAUUUACACUCACUGAAGCUGCAAUUGAACUGGAAGUCAAAAGGACUAAAUUGAACAAAGCCAGGCCAAAUGCUAUAGGAACAAAAUAGAACACAAGUGUCAGGACUUACCCCGCACAUCAAGCAGAUCAUGGAAACUUACAUGGAGGCAAGAAAUCACAAGGCUGGAUUCAGUGAGUCAACAGUGGAAACCUUUGGUUAACUGGCUCUGUGUUUCAGUGGAGGGUGUUGUUUCACUCAAUGUCAUGAAAAGGAUUCAUUCAUCUGAACCAAAUGCCACGGCGGUUCCAGACGGGCUGGGUGUGACCAAAAUGUCCUGCCAGGACUGUCCUAGCACCUGGACCACGGCUCACCUCAGGAGAAAGGGCAACUAUCUGUCUGUCUGGCUGUCUCAUUUGUUCUCACUUCCUUUUUCAGGGUCUACCACAUUGACAGCAACCCCUCUGGAGCCAAUGAGAGUGGUCCAGAUUUUGCAAAGGCCUUCACAGUAAGAGACAUCAAAUGACUGAAUAUUCUGGAUUUGAGACUUUUAUGUUUGUCGUCUAAUUUUAUCAUAAAAGAAGUUGAAUUUAAGAAAAAAAAAACUACUCAAAACUUUGUUUUUUCUACUUUUUAAAUAUAAAAAAAUCAGUUUCACUGCCAUCAGAAUUCUUCCAACACUGACACCUCAAAACUAUAACAUCACUAUAAUUUCAGCAUGUCAUACAUGUUAUAUUCACGUUUUCUCACUCUGAUUGAACUGCUCCAAAUAAGUUGAAUAAAUUAAGAGGGUUUCAUCAUAUGUUUCUGUUUCAGGCAACUCGAGAUCCAAUAUGUUGUAUCACAGCAACAGAUAAGACCCUGAUUGUGGUAUGUACCUUCCUGUUUACAUUUAUUUUUCUGAACUGAGUGUUAAAAAAGUCCUAAUUUCAUGAAGUGUUUGGGUGUCUGUUUACAGGGCCGUGAGUCUGGCACGAUCCAUAGAUACAGCCUCCCAAAUGUGGUUCUCAUCAGUAAAUACACUCUAAACAACAGAGCCUAUUAUCUGUCCUUAAACUGCAACUCAAGGCAAGUUUUUGUUGGUUUUGUACCAAUGACAGUCAGUUCACACAGAUAUACUGUAUGUAGUUAACUUGUUCAAGCAUGGUUUCUAUUAUAUUGUAGUGUAGCCACAUCAAAAAAAAUGAUCAUUGUUUUCCCCAGUCGGCUGGCCAUAAUUGACAUCGCAGGCGUCCUGACUUUGCUGGACCUGGAAGUUCGCUCCUCUCCAGAUGACGUUGCAGGAAGUCAGGCAUCUGCAGGCGACCCCUCCAAGUUUGAGCGCAAGGAUGUCUGGGACAUGAAGUGGGCGAAUGACAAUCCUGAUCUGUUUGCCAUGAUGGAGAAGACCAGGAUGUAUGUUUUCAGGAAUUUGGACCCAGAGGUGAGUGCUCAGGCAUUUUUGUCUAACAGUUCGCUGUGUUGUGAUUUGUGCUAAUAACGUAUCGUACCCUUUCUAAACAGGAACCAAUCCAAACUUCCGGAUACAUUUGCAACUUCGAGGACCUGGAAAUCAAAUCUGUCCUGCUUGAUGAAAUCAUGAAGGUCAGUAUUUCGACAAAGUCCCGUAUCUGAAUGUUUGAAGAUAAACAUUGAUGCUGAUAUUGAUUUUAUUAUUGUAUUCAUGCCCAUCUCCCUCAAAAGGAGGCAAAUUUGGUUUAGUUUGAAUAAUGUUUGCUCAUAUAAUUACAGCUUAUAUUGCAAAAUGAAAGGAUUUGACCCCACUGGAGUGAAAAUAAGCAUCUAGAGAGAGGUUGUUGAACCUUGAAAAUGCUUAGGGCGCAGUUUGCAUUUGUUGGUUUAAUCAAACAGUGGGGUAUUAUUUAUCGCCCGACAGGAUCCAGAGAGGCCGAAUAAAGACAACCUCAUCAAUUUUGAGAUCCGUUCCUUGAGAGACAGUCGUGCUCUGAUUGAAAAAGUGGGGAUUGAAGAUGCCUCACAGUUCAUCGAAGACAAUCCGCACCCAAGACUUUGGUAAAUACAAAACUGGGACCUGGUCUUGACUUGUCGAGCCUGUUCUUUAUUAUGCUGGUACAGAGGGAAAACAGCAGGAAGCUUACACUACAUGACGUUUAAAGCUGGAAAACUAGGUGAAGAUUCACAAGUCAGAGGUUGUGGCAGUGGUUUAGUUAAUCAUUCAGGGACCUUCAAGGAAAGAGUCAUGUGGUGACCCUCCACAUCUAUCCGUCUAAUGUUCUGAUGAACAUGAUAUUAUUUAGAUUUGUUGUUAACUUUGACAGUCAGGGUGGCUUAAAGGUUGUGUCUGCAUGUUUAGAGACCUUUCUCCUGAAGCGGUACACGCAGGGAUGUCCACUUGUGAUGGCUGAGCAGUGAUUCCUCUGUGCCACUUUUUGCCCAUAUAUUUUUAAGAAAGAACCUAUUACCUCAAAGUUAGAUAAACCUACUUGACUGUGAUUUGGUCCCUGCAGUACAUCUUUUUAAUUUCAGUGAUGGGAGGAAGCAGACAGCAGCUUUUUUAAUGUAAACCUGAGUUACUGAUACAACUUUAAAGCUGGAAAACUAGAAGAUUCAUUAAAGUUCCACUCCGAUUAUUAUUAUUAUUAUUAUUAUUAUUAUUAUUAUUAUUAUUAUUAUUAUUAUUUUUACUACUACUUAUAGUGUUCUCAGUGGUCUUUAAAUGUUCUGAUGAACAUGAUAUUAUUUAGAUUUGUUGUUCACUAGCAAUUCGCCUCUGAGUCAUGGGCUGAGACAGCGCUGCUCUGCACACUCCUCUUCAUGCUAGCUUGUAGCCUAACAUUGCUGGUGUAGUAGAAGUUGCAGGUAACAUAGGAGCUAUUCAGCCCUCGAACACUAAUGUCUUUGGGGACAUGAUGAAAGUUAAUAUCAUAGCUAGCUUUCUUACAAGCAUUUCAAUCUACUAACACGCACGCUUGUUCUGCGAUCGUCCUCUCUAUUUCUCUGAGUCUAGCAUGCAUUCCGGGGCUCUGGGUGCAGAGCUUGGAUUUGCUAUGUAGGAAAUCUCACUGUAUCUGAUCCUGCCGUUUGGGUCUGCCAGAGGUUCAUAGUAAUUUGAAUGCAGAAAUACUCAGAAAUGCAAUUUCGCAUUUAUCUCAUGAUUUGUCCUGUAGUAUCAGAAAAAUGCCAUAUGAAUAUGAAGAAAAACGUAAUUUUCAUCGCAGUGGGUCUUUAAUGAUCUAUGGCGAUUUCUGAUUUUUAAUUUGGUUGCAGCAAUUAAUUUAGUGAGUUUUAGUCACCCGCUGGUGUAGGUUCUUUAUACCAAUAGACAGAAAAAUUGAGAAGGUUUACACCAACUUACAGCUGCCGUCACUGCAGUUUUUUUUUAAUAAUCUGAGCCCUGACUGAGUAGGAGGUGAACACCAGGGUAAGGGAGAUUUAUGUUUUUUGAAGCAGCGGUGUGAUCACUGUGUUCUCUGGGUAGUGUGUCACUUCUUGCAGCAUCCCUCAAAAUCUGGCAACAUUGAAAAAUUCCCCCUCUACUCCCAGAGUCUGUUCCAAUCUGAUGUAAGGAUUAUUUACUGUCAUUUGAUAGUGGUGGACUCAUAAAGUCAUGGAGUUUGACAAGGGCAGACUGAUAACACAAUAUUUGUAGCACUUUUUAUGAAUUGUUUACAGCAGCCUAGCAGUCUCAGUCAUUUCUUCUCGAUCAGCUAGACAGUUUCAUCCUCCUGUGGUACUUUGAGCUUGAAUAAAUCACAUUAAAGUGGGUAUAAAAAGUUUUAACAUAACAGCCUUAUGUACUGAUGUACUUAGCAGCUUCCUGAACCCUCUUCCUGUUUUUACCCUCUCAGGCGUCUACUAGCAGAGGCAGCCCUCCAGAAACUGGACCUAAAAACAGCUGAGCAGGCUUUUGUCCGCUGCAAAGACUACCAGGGUAUUGAAUUUGUCAAGCGGCUGGGAAACCUGCAGAACGAGCCCAUGAAACAAGCAGAGGUGGCGGCUUACUUUGGCAGCUUUGAAGAGGCUGAGCGAAUGUACCUGGAUAUGGAUCGCAGGUAGACGUAUUUGUUGAAGCUUUUUUGACGGUGAAAUAUCGACUUUGACCAAUUUUUAAAUCUUUUAUCUGCUUUUUUUAGUUCAAUGACUCUUUGAAAUAUUUUUCAGGGACCUUGCCAUCAACCUAAGGAUCAAACUGGGGGAUUGGUUCAGGGUGCUCCAGCUGCUCAAAACUGGCUCUGGUGACAGUGAUGACGCGCUGAUGGAACAGGCAUACAAUGCAAUUGGAGACUACUUUGCAGACAGGCAGAAGUGGUGCUGAAAUUUGUCUUUUGACUUCAUAUAUAAGUGCAGAAACAUCCUACUGCUGGGUCAGAGGUUAAAAGAAGUUAAAUAACUGUUUUACCAGGUUAUAAAUAUUUAUUUUUUUCUUUUUAAAGGGAGAAUGCAUUGCAGUACUAUCGUCAGGGCCGUAACCACGAGAGGCUAGCUGAGUGUUACUACAUGUUGGAGUACUACUAUGACCUCGAAGAGCUGACCAAUGAGCUGCCAGAGAAUCACAAACUUUUACCUGUGAGCUAAAUGUUCAGUUAUUUUUCUCCUCACACUUGAUGUUUGAUUUCAGACAAUAAUAGCUCUAUGUUUCUCUUCUCCACCUCUGUGUUGUAGGAGAUCGGACAGAUGCUCGCCACUGUGGGCAUGUGUGAGCAGGCUGUGAACGCCUACCUGAAGUGUAACCAGCCCAAAGCUGCCGUUGACACCUGUGUCCAUCUUAACCAGGUGAGAGACGAAGAAAAAAAAUCGGUGGCGCCACAGUUUCCCAGUGACCUUUUGGAUCAAACACACCAUCUGACAGCUUUGGCCCACAACAGUCACUAUGGCAGCCGCUUUCCUCCCACCUCAGUCCUCUUCCUGAGAAAUAUUUAGCCCUAUAGUGUGAAUACUGCUCUGAAACUACGCUCUUCUAAUCUAAAUGUUAACUUCAUUUAAAAGAAGCUCAUAUUUAUUCAGCCGACACUUGUGCUCACUAUGGAAAUGACUGUCUUUGCACAGAUUAUGUAACAACAGCUAGAUUUAGUUUAAAGGAUGUUUACUUUAACAGAUCAUGCAAUAAAGCAAAAGGAGAAGCUGUUUGCAGUGAGAACUUCCUUCACUCUCUGCUGUUUUUCCUGCUGCAUUCAUGUCCUUUGUGCUUUUGACAGUGAAAAAAAAAAAACAGGCUGUCAUGUCACUUAAUUGUUUCCUCUUUACCUUCUUGUAGCUCAACCCUACAAUGUUUGAAAAUAACAGCUGUUCUCAUCUUUUUUCACUGUACUAUUAUCAGGAAACUCACCAGCUUGUGUAUUUUCUGAACACAUUUGGGAUUAAAUCAAAAACUGAAUUGCUGUCAUAUUAAAAUGCUUUAGAGUGUAGCUAUAAAACAUAAAUCUAAGCGGUAAACAUGCUCAACCACAGCCCAUCUAUAAAAAGAAGCUAUUUUUUAAAACCAAAUAGAAACUAAACUGUGUUGUUGGAUUUAUAAAAAGCGCCUUUUUAAGCGAAAUUAGCCAUUACAUUAAAAAAAAAUGCAAGUAAAGUAAACUUAAGUUAUAGAUGUUUAAAGCUCCUAUAAAGAGUUUUUACAUGAAAUCAGACAAGACCAUAGGUGACAAAACUGAAGUUUUUAUAUAUACUAAUGUUCAGUUUCUAAAACUGCUACAGAGGGGUAGUUGUCAGCCUUGCAGCUGAAUAAAUGGCCCUGUUUCUCAAUUCCCUCUUGAAAUAUUCUCAAUAAAGAACAUGCUCAAAUAUCAGAAGUCAGCAGUAUGAGAUUUUUGUCAAAAAUAACAACUCAGAUUUAGCAAGGACAAGACUGCUUUAUCCACAGGUAGGCGCCAAAAAACACACCCCAAAAGUUCCUCCCAGGAGUUUCAAAUUAUGUACUAAUCAACCAAGUCUUUUGGCUUUAUAAAUCUUAAUUUGUGGCUGUUUGUAAAGUAAAAAAUACCAAACUGGUUAUAACCUGUGUAUGGAUCUGAAUGGUAUCAGACAGGUAUGGUCUAAACAAUGAAAGCAGUCAUAACAAAGCACAGUAAGCUGACUUAUUUUUAGUCAUGCACAACUCCCCUCAGGGAUUUCUUUGCACUUAUUAAAUCUUAUCAAUGAAUCUCUGUGUAUGAAGUAAAGCGUUUCUUAACUAUUGCAUCUGUUAGCCACCAGAGGUUCAAAUUAGGGUUGUCUUAACACACUAAUUGUGAAGCCAUUAACUGUUUGAAAUCCCUGAUUAAAAUUUAAAUUGAGAGUUUAGUUUGAAUAAUGCUCGUAGCACUGACAUAUGAUCGUCUCAGACUUAUUUACCUCCUUUUAAAAAAAUUACUUUUCAAAGUGGUUUAUUCCUGCUUUUGCUUUUUCUUUCAGUGGAAUAAAGCAGUGGAGCUCGCCAGGACACACAACAUGAAGGAGAUCAAAUCUCUCCUCUCCAAAUAUGCGUCACAUCUUCUUGAGAAGAAUAAGAUUUUAGAGGCGGUGGAACUUUAUCGCAAAGCUCACCACUUUCUAGAUGCAGCCAAACUCAUGUUUAAGGUGAGCUUGAGUUUUAAUACUCAUUAUUCUUACAAAACGUUAUUGAAUUUCAAUGCUGUUCAUGUGGUUUCUUUGCUUGGAUAAGGAGGAGGUCUGUCAUAAUCCUGAAACAAAGGGGGAAGUAAAAUUAAAAGUGAAUGUUACUACUGUACUUGGAUUUCCUCAGAACUUUACAGCAGCAUAUACAGUGCCUUGCAAAAGUAUUCGGCCCCCUUGAACCUUUCAACCUUUCGCCACAUUUCAGGCUUCAAACAUAAAGAUAUAAAAUUUUAAUUUUUUGUCAAGAAUCAACAACAAGUGGGACACAAUCAUGAAGUGGAACAAAAUUUAUUGGAUAAUUUAAACUUUUUUAACAAAUAAAAAACUGAAAAGUGGGGCGUGCAAUACUAUUCGGCCCCUGUUACUUUCAGUGCAGCAAACUCACUCCAGAAGUUCAGUGAGGAUCUCUGAAUGAUCAAAUGUUGUCCUAAAUGACUGAUGAUGAUAAAUAGAAUCCACCUGUGUGUAAUCAAGUCUCUGUUUAAAUGCACCUGCUCUGUGAUAGUCUCAGGGUUCUGUUUAAAGCGCAGAGACAUCAUGAAGACCAAGGAACACACCAGGCAGGUCCAAGAUACUGUUGUGGAGAAGUUUAAAGCCGGAUUUGGAUACAAAAAGAUUUCCCAAGCUUUAAACAUCUCAAGGAGCACUGUGCAAGCAAUCAUAUUGAAAUGGAAGGAGUAUCAGACCACUGCAAAUCUACCAAGACCCGGCCGUCCCUCCAAACUUUCAUCUCAAACAAGGAGAAGAUUGAUCAGAGAUGCAGCCAAGAGGCCCAUGAUCACUCUGGAUGAACUGCAGAGAUCUACAGCUGAGUUGGGAGAGUCUGUCCAUAGGACAACAAUCAGUCGUACACUGCACAAAUCUGGCCUUUAUGGAAGAGUGGCAAGAAGAAAGACAUUUCUCAAAGAUAUCCAUAAAAAGUCUCGUUUGAAGUUUGCCACAAGCCACCUGGGAGACACACCAAACAUGUGGAAGAAGGUGCUCUGGUCAGAUGAAACCAAAAUUGAACUUUUUGGCCACAAUGCAAAACGAUAUGUUUGGCGUAAAAGCAACACAGCUCAUCACCCUGAACACACCAUCCCCACUGUCAAACAUGGUGGUGGCAGCAUCAUGGUUUGGGCCUGCUUUUCUUCAGCAGGGACAGGGAAGAUGGUUAAAAUUGAUGGGAAGAUGGAUGGAGCCAAAUACAGGACCAUUCUAGAAGAAAACCUGUUGGAGUCUGCAAAAGACCUGAGACUGGGACGGAGAUUUAUCUUCCAACAGGACAAUGAUCCAAAACGUAAAGCCAAAUCUACAAUGGAAUGGUCCACAAAUAAACGUAUACAGGUGUUAGAAUGGCCAAGUCAAAGUUCAGACCUGAAUCCAAUCGAGAAUCUGUGGAAAGAGCUGAAGACUGCUGUUCACAAACGCUCUCCAUCCAACAUCACUGAGCUUGAGCUGUUUUGCAAGGAAGAAUGGGCAAGAAUUUCAGUCUCUUGAUGUGCAAAACUGAUAGAGACAUACCCCAAGCGACUUGCAGCUGUAAUUGCAGCAAAAGGUGGCGCUACAAAGUAUUAACGCAAGGGGGCCGAAUAAUAUUGCACGCCCCACUUUUCAUUUUUUUUUUUUGUUAAAAAAGUUUAAAUUAUCCAAUAAAUUUUGUUCCACUUCACAAUUGUGUCCCACUUGUUGUUGAUUCUUGACAAAAAAUUAAAAUUUUAUAUCUUUAUGUUUGAAGCCUGAAAUGUGGCGAAAGGUUGAAAGGUUCAAGGGGGCCGAAUACUUUCGCAAGGCACUGUAUGCAAGAUUAAUCACUGUAUUUGAUUUGAAUCACAUUUAGGAUUCCAGUCAAGUCUGUACAUGAGCUUUUAACAUGGACCUUGUGUUACAGAUAGCUGAUGCAGAAGCAGAGAAAAGGACCCGACCGCUGCGGGUGAAGAAGCUCUAUGUGCUGGCAGCACUGCUUAUUGAAGAUUACCACGAGCAGGUGAAGAAGUCACAGCAGAGCAAAGCAAAGGGGAAGAAGUCGGAGGUGAGGAUCAGAGGAUACAGUAUUUAUUGAUAGGGAGGCAUCUUUCCAACACCUUUUGAUGGGGGUGGUUAAAUUUUGUUUGUAGACUGAGGAAGUGCUCUAUGAAUUAGCAUAAUUUACUUCACUUAAUCCAUAUCCCUUUUUUUUACGAUUAGGCAACAACAACACUUGCUGGGCUGCUGGAAGAAGAUGCAACCUCCUCAGACAGUCGAUUCAUUGACAACGCCUGGCGUGGAGCUGAGGCGUAUCAUUUCUUCCUGCUUGCUCAGAGGCAACUUUAUGAAGGCUACAUGGAGAAAGCCAUCCGCACAGGUAACAUACCGCAACUCAAAGGACGCUAUGUCGUAUUAUUUAGUAGUUAAUACAAACUAUUAAACACACAGGAGUUAAGUUUAUCACUUUUUAUUUCAUACCAUUACAUUUUCUAUGGACUUACCCUUCAAGUGAUAAAGAAAGCUUCAAAAUUUAUCCGUACUUUCUACACAAAAUGUACUCUCCUUUGAUAAAAAGAGCCAAACUAACGGCUCUAAUCCCCCUUUUUUCCAUAUUUCCUGAAGCCCUUCACCUGCGAGAAUAUGAAGACAUCAUCCCAGCGGUGGAGAUCUACUCUCUGCUUGCUGUCUGCUCAGCCACAAACCGAGCCUUCGGCACAUGUUCGCAGGCCUUCAUCAAGCUGGAGUCCUUGGAGAGUUUGGACCCUGAACAGAGGCAGCUGUAUGAGGAUCUUGCUCUGGAGAUCUUCACCAAAUAUACCCCAAAGGACACCCGUCCGCUGGAGCUGGGCAGCUCAUCAGAGGGGUGAGUUUACAUUUUCAGAUUAUUGAAGGAAAUAUUUUGUCUUAUUUCUAGACAGACUUUGGACAUAUCAAUGUAUUGUUUUUGAUUCAGUUUUAACAUGGAUAUAUCUACGUGAUCCCACAUUGGCAGAGCUUGGCAGUAACUGUUCAAAAAAUACUGGGGACCACAAUUUUCUUCUCUAAUUCUAUUUUUGCCUCUAUAGGUCAGAAGGAAAACUCCCCACAUGCAUUGUGACGGGUCAGCAGAUCCAGGAGUACCAGUUCUGGUUGUGCAGUGUGUGUAAACACUGCGCUCUAGAGCAGGAGAUCAGCAAAUACAACUUCUGCCCUCUGUGUCACUGUCAGAUAGCAUGA